AUGGAUCAAGUGGAGUCUGUGACACCGGACCUAAAAGGUCUCACGGUGGACGAGGAGCCAUAUAAACAGAUCCUCGAGGUCUUUGAUCACCCAGAAACAUAUGAGCCAAAGAAGGGAGACUUAAACGUACUUUCAAGGUCAAUUCGAGCCAAAGACGCUGCGCUGGACUUGAUUCAAAGACUAAAAAAUAACCCUACAACAUUCAUAGAGGGUCUCAGAGUACUACAGGAUAACAGAGGUUUGUUCUUGUGUACGGUAAUAUCCGAAACAGGCACAGAACGAACUCGAGAUACCGCCAAAACUGUUCUUCGUUGUCUCAUCUCGUUGGUCAAAGUGUCUUCGUCUGCUCAAUGGUAUCUUUCAGCCUACUAUCUGGUGGUAGAAAGGUUUGAGGUCACGGUGCCAGACCAUUUGGAUGUUCUUUUGAGUUUCAUAGGCCCAGAAAAUGGUUCUGAACAACUGAAUUUGACGCCAAUAAUUCUUCUUAUCACCAUAAAGAGUCUUAAAUUGGCCCCGAAACCCACUACAGACACUGUAACUGUCUUCGUGGAGUUUAUUCUCGACGAAGACCCGGUUCGUGUCCAAAGAGCUACUUUUUUGAAUUUGGUUCGAGUGUUGGAGAGCUUGUAUCCACUUAUGCCAGUGCCCAUAUCUACAAUGUACAUGAGUGAAAAAUGCAAACAGAUGCUUCUCCACCAUGUUUCCAGUCUCUCAGCUUCUGUGUUGGAAGAUGAACAAAACUACAGAACUGUGUGUGAAGUUUUAAGGCUAGUUAGCACAUCUUGCAUUGACGAAGAACUGCGAAAUUUCAACGUCAAGAAUUAUAUCCAAUUCUUGAUUAGUGGAACAAAACUCUCCCAGAAACCGUUCGAGGGGUUGCAUUUGUUGUCCACUCUAUGUAUCGUCAAGUUGUGGAAUAGCUUUCCCAAAAAUUCCGACAUCAAGAAAGAAGUUACUAUCCAGCAUCUCCUGUCAAAUAUCACCACUGCGCUCCGAGAAAACAGCAAGUAUCGAGAGCAUAUUGUCGAGACACUAGCUUACAUCUCACUUGAUCGUUCUUUCAAGGAAUCUUUGCGUUCAGACGCUGACAGCAUUUCGAUUUUAAUCGAUAUACUCAAAAAAGCGGAGCCUCAUUCGACUUUAGUAUAUGGAAUUCUCACCACUAUAGCCAACCUCGCCAAGGUAAAGACCGAUACAGCGAACAACAGAAAGAAAACGGCUAGCUUCCUCAAAUCUUACAGUGAUCCCACAUCCUCGAAGGAGGAAGACGAUCAAGAGAAAGUACUCACCUUCUCAAAAGCACUUUUAGAAGACUACAAAAUAGUAGAAGUAUUCUCCAAAUUGAAGGUGAUGGCCGGAAGCGUCCAGGAAUCUUCCAGCUCGAUCAACCAAGUCCUUUGCAUUAUUUUUUCCAUUUCUUGCAACAACGAGAAGAAAAUCAGACAAGAACUUGUGCAGCAAGGAGCCCUAACCAUAGUUUUAAACUACUUGAUAACUUUCAGCAAGGUUGGUCCCACCACGCUUCCAUCGAAUCCCGACACUAUUCUGAUUGAAACCAGACUUUCAGCUUUGCGAACUUUGGCAAAAAUACUUGUUUCUGUCAACCCAGCGCUUGCGUUUAAGAAGUACGAUAUCUCCACCAGCGUUCCGUUUCUCAUUGAGCUUCUUGGACCCAACAUCUCGGAGUAUAAUGGCAUAAAAGCCAGUCGGGAACUGGACUACCUCGAGGAUAUGACACAGAAAGACAAGUACGAGGCUCUUAUAGCUCUCACCAAUGUUCUGUCUGUGGAAGAUGCCAAUAUUAAAAAACUCAUUGGAUCCAAAACUUUUAUUGGUUAUCUAGAUAACUUCAUAAUCGACUCUGAUGCACCAAAUGUUCAACGAGCCACUUGGGAACUUUUGUCCAAUUUGGUGUCUGAGCCCACGAUUCUCGUAUACUUUUUCAAUGUUGAAAAACCUGCCAAUUUGCAGAGACUCGACCUUAUGGUGAAAAUGCUCAAUUCCAGUGAUGAAAAGUUGCAAACCGCAGUUGCUGGUUUGAUGGCCAAUGCAGCGUCUGAGUUCCAAAUGGUGUCCCAAAUCAUCUUACAGACUCCAGACAUAUGGCGACAGCUCCGAGCGAACAUUAUAGGCAUACUAAGAGACCAAGAAGAAUGCCUCGAUUUGGUUCAUCGUGUGCUUUUCAUCUUGCUUGGUGUCUCGUAUGCUGCUGAAGAGCUAGGCACCGAAGAGUUGAACAAGAUAAAAAGUGAUAAAGAAUUGAAACAAGCAGUUGCUGUUGCAAUGCGGUCUACAAGCAAAGAUAUACGAGAGGUGGUUUUGGAUGUUGUCAAGGUGGUGAGGUUCAAGUGA